AUGUGCCUGUUUGUACACACUGUUAGAAGUAAACCUGCCUGGAAGAUCCUUUUUGAGCGGAACCUUUCCAGUUCAAAGAGGUUGUUUGAGGAACCCCUCUUCGAGGAACCCCUGUGUAAAGGUGCCCAAGACACAGUGGACAGAGUUUGGAAAAAGACCAAGAUGUUUCCCUACCAGCAGGUGUUAAAGGAGGGCUCCACUAUCUUGUUCUGCUGUGUCCCUCCUAGAGGCAUCCACGUCACCAAUAUGACCUUCAACUCCACCACCAGCUACCCCCUGAUCAACAUCACUCACAGAGUCACAGCCAUUGCUGUCCACAACCUAAACAUCACACAAGCAUCCGGCUCCGGGGUGUACUCCUGGUGUGAGGAUACAACAGAGAAGAGGAACACCUACUGCUCCAACUUCAUCAGCUUUUCUCCUCAGAGGCCGGAGAACCUGAGCUGCAGGACUGAGGACCUGAGAACUGUUAUCUGCACCUGGAACCCUGGUAGACCUGCUAACCUGUAUGAACCCUACAAACGCACACACACCCUUCACAUAAAGAACACUGGUGAGGAUCCUAUUACGUGUGAUGAGUGGUCCUGCAGGUUCCAGGCUGUCCCAGGCUUAGAGUGGUAUCAUGUCUCAGUGGUAGUCAGAAACCAGCUAGGAGAGGAGAAACAAAGCUACAGCUUCAACAUCACUGACAGAGUGUUCCCAGUCCCAGAGGGAGUGAAAGUGAGUCCAGGGGUGACUGAAGCCAACGUGUCCUGGGUUGUGAGGGGGAACCUGUCUGGGGUGGAGCUCUUCUGCCAGGUCACAGCAGACCCAGUAGAGCCUAGGAGACCGACAAGCCUGGCUGAAGCAGCAGACCUACAGAGCACAUCCAUGCAUCAGGUGUGCAAUGGAGGCUUGGACGAACGUUGUGAUGUCAGCCUGGAGCAGCUCUCGCCCAACACCCGUUACGCCACCAGGGCGCGCUGUGCUGUGAGAGGGAACCUAGAGGGAGAGUGGACACAACCAACGCACUUCACUACCUACUCCCUGGUGAGGCUGGAUGUGUGGAGGAGGGUCAGAUUGCUGUCCCAUGGUCAGCGCAACGUCACUCUGCUCUGGACCCCGCAAUUAAGUGGCUCGGCAUCUAGUGUAAAAAUCCAGGGCUACAAGGUACGUUGGAGGCAGGAGGGGUCCCAGUGGAUCCUGUGGAGGGACAGAGAGCAGACACAGACUGAGAUCUCCAUUGGCCCAGGGCAAUGUGACAUGAUCAUCCAGGCUAUUAUUCAGCCUGGCUCCUCCCCCCCAGGCCACAUCACCAUACCUCCGGUGGAGAGAAUAGAGUAUCUUCGGAAUGCCACGCGUGUGAGUGGCAGUGCCAGCGGAGGCUUCCACCUCAUCUGGAAAGAGCAGGAAGCUGUCACUUGUGGGUACACUGUGGAGUGGUGCACAGUGGGAAGCGGAGUUUCCUGCACUCUGCAAUGGAGGAGGGUGCCAGUGGGAAACACAUCAGUGUCCCUACCAGCAGGGGAUUUUAAAGCGGGUCAUAGGUACACCUUUGAUAUAUAUGGCUGCACUGACGAAGGAGACAAACUACUGGGGAUCCGCACUGGCUACUCCCAGGAACUCAAGCCUGUCCAGUCUCCCAGGCUGGUUGAGCCCAUUAGAACAACUUCCUCUUCUGUGACACUGGAGUGGCGUUACCAUGAGGACGACCACUCUCACCCAGGGUUCAUCACUGGUUACUUGGUAACCAUGCACAAGACAGGGUCCCAGAGGUCACCAGGUCCUUUUACCAAGACGGUGGCGGACCCCCACAAUAAGUCUCUAACCAUAGUAGGAUUGCAGGAGCACCAGAAGUACACCUUCCAUCUGAGUGCACUCACUAAUGUUGGACCAGGCCCGCAAACUACUGUAACUGUCAAGACCCAGACAAUCCCCUCUAUUCUCCUGGCUAAGAUCUUAACUCCUCUCCUGCUGCUGUUGGGGCUCGCCAUCCUCCUGUGUCUAUUCUGGAAAAUGCUGAUGAGUUGUAUAGUGGAGCUGUUUGGGUACCCGGCUGGGAUGAACAUCAAACCAAUUGAACUGGACCGCCACCUACAUGAGACCAGUGAGAGGCUGCGGUGUCUCAAGGUGGGGGACUGUGUCUGCAGUGACAUCGAGAUCCUGAGCGUCAGGCCAAACAUGUCAGAGAGGACGCCUCUCAUUCACCCCAAACUCCCCCACCUUUCUUCCUCUUCCACCACCAUUCCCUCCUCUUCAUUCUGCCCUGUGCACCCUUCCUCCUACUCUUCAUCCAUGUCUUCCUCCUUGCCCUCCCUCUCACCUUCCUGCUCAUCCUCUUCUACUCAACACCUGCACCAAAAAGGGUACUGUCCACAGUCACCCACAGAAGUCUGGGAUAGCUCAGUCCAGACAAGCCUCACCAACAGAAGUUUUUUCCCCUCUGUGGGGGCGGAGCAAUCCAUUGAGCUGAAACCAAUCAGAGUCACAGACAGCAGUGACAUCUCCAGCUCACCAAUCAAGCUCUCCAAUCUCAUCACCAGCGAGCCUUCUGAGGGGCCGCAGUUACAACCAGGGGCAUUAUUGGAGAAGAUUGAUGGAUACAUCACCACUGACUCAUUAGUUAAGUCAAUGACUGCAUAUAUGAAUGGACAAAGCCAUUGA